AUGGCAUUUGAUGAUUUGCUGGAAAGUGGUCGUUCUCCAUGCGCCUUUCACGUGAACUGCUGCUUGCAAUUGUUGGCCUGUGGAUUGCGUUUGUCAGCCACCGAACCCUGGCUGCAAAAAAUCAACUCCUUCAAUGGAACCCGAGACCGGACUCAUAGUGGUCAUACUGCUGUGCCAGCAUUUGCUAUUUUAUUUGCUGACUUUGUUCCAUUUUCCCCUGUUUGCGUGCUUGUGAAUGCUGAUCCAUGCAUGCCGUUGCUAUUGUGGAACUUGGUUGCAGUCAUCGUAUCUGGAAUGUUCUUCCUUAGUUAUCUUAGUGAAAUGGAUAAAAAUGCUCUGCGCCGAAAGCGCUAUGCCGAAAUGUCUCCAGAUGCCAAGGAUGCACUUUUGUGCCGGAGACGUGAAGCCAGACUUGUUAAGAAAAAAGACAAAUCCUCUCGAUCUUAUGUUCGUAGUGUACCGUUCGGACAUGUUGAAACUGGUGUUUGUUUCUCUGGUUCUGCUCCUGCUCCUGCUCGUAACGACCAGCUACCAGGCUGCCAUCAUGAAGUUGCUGAUGGUUGUCCUGCUGUGCUUCAGCAAUCGUUGGACUAUAUGUCUACCACUAUCCCUGCUCCACUCUGCCUAUCUAGUGGAACUUCUUCCUCUGCUGUUGUCCCACAUUUAGUUCAAUGUAGUUUAGUUUCUGAAGGGUUUGCAGCACCUCUGAUAAGUCGUUCGGUUCACCGUAGAGAAGCUGCGGUAGAUAGUGGUACUGCAACGCUAAAAGAGCAGGCCUGUCUCUCCCCCCAUGUUUCGGCUACUGUUCAGCCUUCUCGUCCUUCUAGAAAACGUUCCACAGCCAAUUGUUCUCGGAAAAAGAAAAAGAACAAGCUCCUGCCUUUGCAUAGUCAAAAUGAAAAUGAACAAACCUGUCAUUUGCAUACUGAAAGUACAUAUGCCGUCUUAGGAUCUAUUGAUGAGUCAAAUCUUGGAUCCCUUCGUUCUUCUGCUCCUUCAUGCUUAGACGACUUAGGUGAGCAUGGAGUGUCUUCCUCAAUCACAGUCACCCCUGUGUCUUUUAGCCCUACUCAGCCUACAGGCAACACAAAUGAGGCCAGCACAUCCUUUGCUCCUCCUGUUGGUUUUACAGCCAAUGCAACAAAUUGUUCAACCGUUAUAUUGCCAGCAAAGAGGCAAACAGGGACACUUCCUAGACAACGUCGCUCAAAAAACUCUAGGAUUGAUGAAAUUCCUAAAGAAUCUUUAUUAUUGCCUGAUGCUCCUGAUUGUCAAUAUUGUGGAGCUAAAAGAUUCCAUUUGGAGCCCCCUAGCUUCUGCUGCUCUCAAGGAGAAAUUUCUAUUGUUGCUCCUUCUAUGCCUUACGCUCUAAAGCGUCUAUUUAUAGGAAAUGAUGAAGAAUCUGACCAUUUCAGAAAAUUAGCUCGUACUUACAACAAUAACUUGUCUUUCACUUCAUUUGCUGCAAAGUAUGAUCCAGAAUUGACAAGGAAUACAAGAGGGGUAUAUACCUUUCGUGUCCAGGGACAAGUUUAUCAUUUUCUAAACAGCUUAUCACAGCCUGAUAAUAGAACUUGUGGAAUCCAUCUCUACUUUUUUGAUACUGAUGAACAAUUAAUCAACCGAGUUGCUGCUUCUGACAAGCUUCGUGAGAGCACUUUAAAGCUUUUGAUGGACAUACUUUCUAAUAAUCCUUAUGCUAGAUUCUUUAAGGAUCUAAGGGAUAUUCCUGAUCUUGAAAAGCAUAAUAUUGUGCUUAAUUGCUUUCCUGGCCUUGACCAGCGUAUUUAUAAUCUUCCUUCUACUUCUCAAGUUGCUGCUAUAUGGACUGAAAAUGAUGAUGAAUCAGUAAAUAGGCAAGCACAUAUUCUCGUAUAUAGCCACUCAAAUACUGCUCACAAGGUCCAGCAUUAUUAUGCUUGUUAUGAUCCUUUGCAGUAUCCUCUCUUGUUUCCCCGUGGUGAAUCUGGUUGGCACCACGGAAUUAAGCGAGCCUAUAAAAGAAAGCGAACUGAACAUUCCUGUGAUGAAGAGGUUAUCAUUGAUCCCUCUUCUGUGCAGGAACCAUCUUACCUUAUCGAUUUAGAAAAGAGAGGCAAGUUCCAAAUCAGGAAGAAUGAUGAAUCCAUGCUAUUGCAUAGCCUUAGAUUGUUGCAGCAGUUUUCGGUUGAUUCCUAUGUCAAAAUUGAAACAUCGUGCCUGGAUUUCCAGCGUAAGAGGCAAAAUGAAAUUCGGACAGAAAUCCUUGAAGGAGUGCUAGAUAGUGUUUCCAUUGGUCAGACCGAAGGUUCAAAAGUUGGUCGAAAGGUUAUAUUGCCAGCAUCUUUUAUCGGUGGUCCAAGAGAUAUGAGGCGCAGAUAUCUUGAUGCAAUGGCAUUGGUACAAAAAUAUGGAAAGCCAGAUAUUUUCUUGACCAUGACAUGUAAUCCAAUGUGGAAAGAAAUUCAAGAUUGUCUGCAAUUUAAAGAGAGAGCUCAGGAUAGGCCAGACCUGUUGUCUAGAGUAUUUAGAGCAAAAUUUGAAAUGCUCAAGGCAGAACUUUUGGACAGAAAAAUUUUUGGGGAAGUUGCUGCAUGUGUUUAUGUUAUUGAAUUCCAAAAACGGGGCUUUCCUCAUGCACACUUAUUAUUAAUCUUGAAACCACAAUUCAAAUUGCUUAAUCCUGAGUCAUAUGAUAGAAUAGUUUCCGCUGAGCUCCCUGAUCCUAAGCAGUUUCCUCAUUUGUAUUCCCUUGUUCUUAAGCACAUGGUUCAUGGACCUUGCGGAGACAUGGCCAAGAAUAGCCCUUGUAUGAAAGGCGGUAGCUGUAAAAAUCAUUAUCCGAAAAAUUUCUGUGAACAUACAACUCAUGCUGAAGACAGCUAUCCAUACUAUAGGAGAAGAGAUGAUGGUAGCAAAAUAACUGUCCGCAGGUUUGAACUUGACAAUAGAUGGAUCAUUCCUUAUAAUCCAUAUCUUUUAGCCUUGCUUGAUUGUCACAUGAAUGUGGAAAUCUGUUCCACUUUGAAGCUGGUCAAAUACUUAUACAAGUAUAUCUUCAAAGGACAUGAUCUUAUCAGCUUCAAAAUUAUAUCUGAUGAUUCCCGUGCUGAUGUCGAUGAGAUUAGAGAAUUCCAGCAGGGAAGAUGGAUUUCACCCCCUGAAGCAUUUUGGCGCAUCUUUGAGUUUAGGCUAAACGAGAUGACUCCAGCUGUCUAUACUCUACAAGUUCACUUACCUGACCAGCAACUGAUUACUUUCAACAAGAACUCAGACCUUUUACAGCUGAUGAGGAAAAUUGACUUUUCAAAAACCAUGUUGACUGAGUUCUUCAAAAUGAACAAAGCAAAUGGAACGGCUAAAACCUUGAAGUGCUUUUAUAGAGAAUUUCCAGAGUAUUUUGUUUGGUAUUUUAAAUUUAAAACUUGGACUGAGAGAAAGCGUAAAAGAGCCAUUGGAAGGCUGGUCACCGUCAGCCCUCAUGAAGGAGAGAGAUAUUACCUUAGACUCCUGCUAACUCAUGUUCGAGCUCCUACGUCGUUUGAUGACCUCUUGAAUGUUGAUGGCAAAAAAAUGAAUUGCUUUAGAGAUGCUGCUUUGGGCCUUGGUCUUUUACAGUCUGACACAUAUAUACAAGAAACUCUUGAAGAAGCAGUUCUUUUUCAAAUGCCAUCCUCUUUGAGGCUGCUAUUUGCUACUAUUCUUGUUCAUUGUUCUCCAGCAGAUCCUGCAUUUCUUUGGAACAAAUUUCAGCUUGAUCUUUCUGCGGAUUACCACCGAUCUCAACAUCUCUGUUUUAAUACACCUGAAGAAAUAAGGAAUAAGGUCCUGCAAGAAAUUAAAAAAAUGGUCGAACAAAUGGGUAAGAGUUUUGCUGACUACCAUCUAGCUGCAGACACUUCAGUAGAUGUUCACUAUGAUCAGCUAACAAAGGAAAUUGAAUGUGAAAAAAAUAUUGAAGUUCCAGCAGAGGAUCUAAUGAUGCCUUUCAAAUUAAAUGCUGAACAGCGGCAUGCCUAUGAUUUAAUUCUGCAGUCAGUUUUCUGUCCUGUUGGCCAGAGUUUUUUUAUUGAUGGCCCUGGGGGAACCAGUAAGACCUUCUUAUAUAGGUCUCUUCUAGCUACUUUAAGAUCCCAAGGCUACAUUGCUAUUGCAGUUGCAACGUCGGGUGUCGCAGCCUCUAUUCUUCCAGGAGGAAGAACAACUCAUUCUAGAUUCAAAAUACCAUUAGAUUUUUCUAGAAAUAAAACCUGCCAGAUUAGUAAACAGGGCAGUGUUGCAAAAUUACUUUUUGAAUCAAAGUUAGUCUUGUGGGAUGAGGCUUCAAUGGCCAAGCGAGAAACUAUUGAAGCCUUUGAUGGUUUGCUUAGGGAUAUAAUGGACUGUGACUGUCCAUUUGGAGGAAAAGUAGUUGUUUUCGGUGGCGAUUUUCGCCAAACUUUGCCAGUUAUCAAACAAGUUACAAAGCAAGUUCUCAUACAAUCUAGUCUCCCUAACUCUCCUCUAUGGUCUCAGCUGGAAAAGCUGCAGUUGGUGCACAAUAUGCGAGCCAUUUUAGAUCCAGCAUUCUCAGACUUCUUAUUAAGAAUAGGAGAAGGAAGAGAAACUGUUGAUAGACAUGGCGAAAUAACUUUACCUUCUGCCAUGGUCAUUCCUUAUAUUGAAAAAGAACAAUCUUUGAACAGGUUGGUCAAAUCUGUUUUUCCAGAUUUAAUGACCUAUUCAAAAAAUCCUUAUAGUAUGAUCAAUAGAUGUGUCCUUGCUCCAAAAAAUAGCUCCGUUGAUGAAAUAAAUGACAUGAUGAUCAAAAGAUUUCCUGGAAACCUUCAUGUGUACGUCAGUUCUGAUAGAACCGUUGAUCCCCGGCAUCAAGGAGACUAUCAAGAUUUCUUGAAUUCUCAAAAUCCAAAAGGCCUUCCUCCUCACAAGUUGCUGCUCAAAGAAAAUUGUCCAAUCAUGCUUAUAAGAAAUUUGAACCCUACAGAAGGAUUAUGCAAUAGUACGCGACUCAUUUGCAGGGAGCUAAAGCAGAAUACUAUCUGCGCAGAGAUAGCUUUUGGCCAACAUCGAGGCAAAAGAAUUUUUCUGCCUAAAAUUCCUUUACAAAUUUCUGAUAAUGACAAGAAUGGCUUGCCAUUUAUAAGGACACAAUUUCCUGUCCGUGUCUGUUUUGCUCUGACAAUUAACAAAGCCCAAGGCCAAAUACUGGAUUACGUUGGAAUCUACCUUCGCGAGCCAGUUUUUUCUCACGGCCAAUUAUAUGUUGCUUUAUCCAGAGUAAAAACUUCUGCAGCACUUAAAGUCCUUAUCCUGCCUGGAACUUUUGAUGGCAUAAAAACUGAUUGCAGGACUAGAAAUGUUGUCUUUGAAGAAAUACUCCGACUAACUAAACACUAG